AUGAUUCCUGGACUUGACCCAACAGAAAUCCCAACAACGACAGGAUGCAAAGACUUGCAGUAUGUCCAAGUCAAUGCACACACAAGGAUAGGACCUGGUCUGGAGUCUCUGGACCUCCAAGUCAAUGCACACACAAGGAUAGGACCUGGUCUGGAGUCUCUGGACCUCCAAGUCAAUGCACGCACAAGGAUAGGACCUGGUCUGGAGUCUCUGGACCUCCAAGUCAAUGCACACACAAGGAUAGGACCUGGUCUGGAGUCUCUGGACCUCCAAGUCAAUGCACACACAAGGAUAGGACCUGGUCUGGAGUCUCUGGACCUCCAAGUCAAUGCACGCACAAGGAUAGGACCUGGUCUGGAGUCUCUGGACCUCCAAGUCAAUGCACACACAAGGAUAGGACCUGGUCUGGAGUCUCUGGACCUCCAAGUCAAUGCACACACAAGGAUAGGACCUGGAGCACUGCCACCGCCUAGGCCUAGCAGCAGUUGCCAGAGAACAUGCGGCGGAGUCGACAUCCCUUACCCAUUCGGCAUCGGGCCAGACGACUCGCCCGACCACUGCUCCUUGCCCCGCUUCAACCUGAGCUGCAAGGACAACGUCUAUGGAGUCCUCAGGCCAUUUCAUAAAGAUGUGGAGAUUCUGGACAUCUUGCUGCAGCAAGGUCAGGCCAGGAUGAGGAUGGACAUGUCGACUUACUGCUACAACACGUCCACUAAGGACAUGCGCUACCAUAUAUGGACUCUGAACCUGACAGGUACACCCUACAGAUUCUCCGACACCGGCAACCUGUUCACAGUCGUUGGGUGCAGAACGCUGGCAUACAUUGGAGAUGAGGACAACGUUGGCAAGUACAUGAGCGGCUGCGUGUCCAUGUGCCGGCGAGGCGACGUGAGCUCCCUCUCCAAUGGCUCCUGCUCCGGGAUCGGCUGCUGCACAACAGCCAUCCCCAAGGGCCUGCAGUACUACCAGGUGUGGUUUGAUCAAGGCUUCAACACAUCGGAGAUCUACAACACCAGCCGCUGCAGCUAUGCUGCGCUGGUUGAGGCAUCCAGCUUCACGUUCUUGACGAGCUAUGCUACGUCGUCGGCGUUCUUUGAUGCUUACGGCGGGCAGCCGCCGUUGCUGGUGGACUGGGCUAUCGGCAACGAAACAUGCGAGGCAGCCAAGCAAAAUCCUGGGUCGUACGCCUGUGUCGACAACCGGAGCGAGUGCUUCAACUCGGCCAACGGGCCAGGCUACAUCUGCAACUGCUCCAAAGGGUUCCAGGGGAAUCCGUACCUUGUCGACGGAUGCAAAGAUGUUGACGAAUGUAAUGACGAUCCGGCAAAGUACCCUUGCUCUGUGAAGGGAACUUGCAAGAAUACUCCAGGUGGAUAUGAGUGCAUUUGCCCUCCACAUUACCCCAAAGGCAAUGCUUACAAUGGCACAUGUGAGAAAGACCAAACGAUUCCCCCUAAAGUCACAAUACCAAUAGGAAUUUUUGCUUUAGUUUUGGUUGGCCUACUACUUUUCCUUGGUAAAGAAUGGAUCAAGCACAAACGACGAAUAGUAAGACAAGAAUACUUAAGCAAAAUGAAUGAAUGUUUUCAGCAGAAUGGAGGCCAACUGCUAAUGGAUAUGAUGAAAGUAGAGAGCAACAUUUCAUUUCAGUUGUAUGACCGAGAAGAAAUUGAGUUGGCCACCAACAACUUUCACAGCAGCUCAGUCAUCGGAGAAGGUGGUCAGGGAACUGUUUAUAUAGGGCAAAAUCUUGAUGAAAAAAAUAAUCCUGUUGCAAUCAAGAUCUGCAAGGGAUAUGAUGAGAGUAGGAGAAUGGAAUUUGGUAAGGAGCUGCUUAUACUCUCUCGAGUAAAACAUGAAAACAUUGUCCAGCUUCUAGGUUGCAGCUUGCAGUUUGAAGCCCCAGUUCUGGUGUAUGAAUACGUACCGAAUCAAACAUUGCACUAUCUAAUUCACAGCCAAGAUGAUGCGUCCAUCAGAACUCUCAAGGUCCGUCUAAAAAUUGCCAGUGAGAUUGCGUCUGCACUUGCAUACCUACAUUCACUUAAUCACCCGGUCUUCCAUGGAGAUGUUAAGUCUGUCAACAUUCUACUAAGCCAUGACCUCUCAGCAAAAGUUUCUGAUUUUGGAUGCUCAAUGAUUAGGUCCGGAAAUGAAACCGCCCAAGUAGUGAAGGGCACAAUGGGCUACUUAGAUCCAGAGUAUCUGAUGAAUUUUGAGCUUACUGAUAAGAGCGAUGUUUACAGCUUCGGUGUUGUUCUUCUGGAGCUCCUAACACGUAGGACGGCACUGUCCAAAACAAAGGAGUGCCUUGUAUCUAUCUUCAUGGAAGCUGUGAAGGAGGACAAGCUUUGGGAUCUCAUAGAUAGGGAGAUAGCCAACCAAGAAAACAUGGAUAUAGUACUUCAGGUGGCUGCGGUGGCAAGUCAAUGCUUGGUCAUUACUGGUGAACACAGGCCAACGAUGAGCCAGAUUGCGGAGGAGCUCCACCAAUUGGCCGGUCCAAUCCCACACAACUCUCGAGCAUUUCACGGUGUUAUUAGCAUGCACAUGUUGCGGGGACGGUCAUCGAACAAUACAUCGGAUUACAGUACUAGUGAAGAAAUCACAACCUACUACAAUCUUCAGAAGAAAGCCUCAAUGAGCAUAGAGUUUGCAAGAUGA